CAGAGGGGAUCAUUAAUUAAAUAAAUUUUGAUCAUUAAUUAAAUAAAAUUUAUAUUAGAUUUCCAUAUAGGAAUAAUUUUACUAGAUUUAUUUUAUUUUAGAUCAAAUAUUGAUUUUGAUUGAUUGUAAAAAUUUAAAAUUGAACAAAUAUUUUGAAACAGAGUAGUUUCUUAAGAUUUCAAUUCUACACUAAAAUUUAAAUAGUUUUUCUAAAAUUACUCCACAAUCAAAGAGUAUGCUCCGAAAUGGCAAACACUUCUGUAGAAGAGUUCUUGGCUGUGGCGGUUGAUGCUGCUAAGCAAGCCGGAGAGAUCAUACGGAAUGGUUUCCACCAGAAAAAGCAAGUUGAACACAAAGGCUCGGUGGAUUUGGUAACUGAGACAGAUAAAGCUUGUGAAACCCUCAUAUUCAAUCAUCUCAAGCAACACUUCCCUACCCAUAAGUUCAUCGGAGAGGAAACGACUGCAGCUUGUGGAGCUUCUGAGCUUACAGAUGAACCUACAUGGAUAGUUGAUCCCCUUGAUGGAACCACUAACUUUGUCCAUGGGUUCCCUUUUGUGUGUGUCUCCAUUGGUCUCACAAUUGGGAAAAUUCCAACUGUUGGUGUCGUCUACAACCCGAUAAUGAAUGAGCUUUUCACAGGCAUCCAUGGGAAAGGCGCUUUUCUAAACGGAAACCCCAUCAAAGUGUCUUCCCAAGAUGAACUUGUGAAGGCGCUCCUUGUAACUGAGGCGGGAACAAAGCGCGACAAGUUAAAUGUUGACUCUUGCACUAACAGAAUCAACAAGUUGCUUUUCAAAGUGAGGUCCCUACGAAUGAGUGGCUCAUGCGCGUUGAAUCUAUGCGGCAUUGCAUGUGGAAGGAUUGAUCUUUGCUAUGAACUUGGAUUUGGUGGCCCUUGGGAUGUGGCUGCUGGUGCUGUGAUUGCCCAAGAAGCCGGUGGCGUUCUCUUUGAUCCGUCUGGGAAAGAGUUUGAUAUCACGUCGCAACGAGUAGCUGCGUCGAACCCUCUGCUGAAGGAAGCUUUCAUUGAAGCCUUGAAGCAGAUUGAAUGAUGAGUUUCUUCUUCUCUACUCAGCAGCACAUCAAGAAGAAGCACACAAACUCAAAUGUACCCAAAUAAUUAUAAUUGGUUUACAUAUUCUUUCUUCCAUGUGCUACCUAAGUUGGUAUGAUAUAAUGUGAGAUUUAGCUCGUAAUACAAUACCGAAUAUUUGAAUCUUGCAUUAGAUUUUCAGUCAUAUUGUUUCUGAAAUAUUGGUCCGAGUUUAAUUAAGUAUUCCCACCCUC